UCAAAAGAAUCAUCACCUACGCUGUUUAUUUCUCUGUGAUUACGUGUUUUAUUACCCAGGACUAGUGGCGUUUGACAAGUAAAAUUAUUCGUGAAUACGUGUCCUCGACCAUUAGUUUUCCAAGAUGACUUACAUUUCUGGAGACGGAAGUAUUCGUGAAAUUCAGCCAUGGAGUAUAACUCGCAUUUUUGGAUUCUUCACUGGAAUAUUCUGGGCCAUUGCCAUGUUUUUCAAUACAUUAAUCAGCCCCAACACGACUAAAUAUGGCACAGGAUACACCAGGAACUACAGGCCAGGUUCCGGAGGAUCUGGUCCACCACCUCCUCCCUCCAAGAAAUUUGGAGGCAUCAAUACCAAGGGUACUAUGAACAUGCCUGGUGGAUGCAGUAGUUGUAGAGGAGGCUGAAGUAAGAUAUCUCUUGCACCAGUUAAAUUUUUCGGUGAAUCACUGGCCAUUUAUUUACCUAAAUGUAAGAACCACAAGAGAUAUCAUUUCCACCUGACCAGAUGGAGAAAACUUUCCAAUUCGCAUUUCUUAGAAAUAAAUAUAUAAUUUGAUAGAAAGAGAUAAAACUGGUGGUAAACUUUGAAAAUUUUUUGUAUUUAUGAUUAGAAUAUUGAUGUAACUAUUUUACAAAUGUUCGAGACACAAAUUAUUGGUAAAGUAUGAAGAAUAUAUUUUGAUUGCCAAAGGAAAAA